AUGACCGCCACGGUGAAACCAGAAACCGACAACUUGUCUUCUGGAUUAGGAUUAGCAGACAUCAAAAGAGAUAAUUCCAAUUUCCGACUGGAAAAUGAACCAAAUAAGGAGAUCAAGGAAGGCAUUACGGUGGUACAUAAAGAUGACAUCGAUUCUCAAGCACCAUUAAUUAUCCUGACUGGUUGGGCUAACGCAACAGAUAAGAAUCUUUCCAAAUAUUCAGAAUUCUACGUAGACGAAGGGUAAGCUUACCAAGUAUCAUUUCCUCUUAUCUUUAUUUUUAGUUACAUGGUUGCGCGAUAUACUGUACCAAUAAAGGAGGUUUAUCACUUUGGCGGUUAUCAACGAUAUGCUUUGACGCUAUACGAACAGCUUCUUCAAUUGGAUAAGACAGAAGGGAGGCCAAUAUUCAUACACAACUUCAGUAUGAAUGGUUGUUCUUUGUUUGCAAUGUUAUGGAGGUUACUGGCGGAAGUUGCUGACGGUGAGAGCAUAAAAGCGCGGGUAAAGGGCGUUAUCUUUGAUAGGUGAGUUUACUCAACGACUAGACCGUGGUGAAAUACUAUGGGCUAUGACAUUACUGACAUUGUGGUGAUCACUUUACUUACAUUGUAGCUCUCCAGCAAAUGUAAUGCCAUGGCAUGUUGCGGAAGCGUUGAGUAUGGGGCACAAAGCUUGGGGACUAAAAAUGGCAGUGAAAGUAGCAACGACGUCCUUCUUGUCGGUACACAGGUUCUGCUGUUAUGCCACUUCAUUGGUUAAGCCAAACGUUUAUGAGACUCAAUUUGCAUACUUUAUGCUGACGUCUUUCACUGAUUUGCCUAAAAGGCAGUUAUAUUUCUACUCUGAAAACGAUCCAAUAUGUUUGCCUUCUUCUAUUAGGGAGUUUCAGAGUCUUCAGAGGAAUCAAGGAGUUGUUGUAGAUGAAUUAACGUGGCCAAAUGCUGGUCAUUGCAGUCAUUUGAAAGAUGAUCGCGAGCCUUAUGUAGACAAGUGCGUAACAUUCAUUCGGGGCAUCCUCAAGUAG